AUGAAGUUCCUCAAGGUUGGCCGUGUUGCCAUCAUCACCCGGGGCAGAUAUGCGGGAAAGAAGGUCGUUCUCAUCCAACCCCAAGAUAACGGCACCAAGUCGCACCCAUACCCUCACGCUUUGGUAGCCGGUAUCGAGCGCUACCCAUCGCAAGUAACCCGUCGUAUGUCGAAGGCCCGUCAAGCCAAGCGAAGCAAGGUCAAGCCAUUCAUCAAGGUCAUCAACUACAAUCACUUGAUGCCCACAAGAUACACGCUCGAGUUGGAGGGAUUGAAGGGUGUUAUUACGGGAGAUACAUUCAAGGAGGUUUCCCAGCGAGAGGAUGCGAAGAAGACCGUGAAGAAGGCCUUGGAGGAGAGAUACACGUCAGGAAAGAACAGAUGGUUCUUCACUCCUCUUAGUAUGCUCACCCCCGCCCCCAUAUCUCUCACAACUCAACUGGAGAUUUUGAGCGAUUCUUCUGCGUCACUGGGUCGGUCGGAAUGGGGUUACAUCAUGGCAUUAGUCGCAUAA